CGUGUCCGGUCCAUGGUCCCCAGCCCAGCUGCUCAGUCGGUGUUCAGACCGACUCCAGCUCCUCGUGUCCGGUCCAUGGUCCUCAGCCCAGCUGUCUCGCCGGUGGUCCUCAGCCCAGCUGUGCCUCCAGAGCACCCAAGCUUUGGGUGCCGACCUCCGGAGAGGUCUUGCCGUCAGCCUCCUGCUCGGCCCCCAGUGGGGUUGCUGCCUCACUGUUGGCCGUCCUGCCAACCCCUUGAACUCUGUGGCCCCCCUGUUCUGCCCGGCCUGUUGAGUCGACCUCCGGCGCGGCCUCCCGAACUCUGUGGCCCCCCGGUUCUGCCCGGCCUCAUGGGUCGUCCCACAGGACGCCCACCUGAACUGUAUUUUCCCCCUGAUUUGCUCGGCCUGUCGGGUCGUCCUUCAGGACGACCUCCUGAACUGUGUUUUCCCCCUGAUUUGCUCAGCCUGUCGGGUCAUCCUCCGGGACGGCCUCCUGAACUGUUUUCCCCCUGAUUUGCACGGCCUGUCGGGUCAUCUCCCGGGACGACCUCCUGAACUCCGUGAUCCCUUUGGUCUGCACGGCCUCCUGGGACGCUCUCCGGGACG